AUGGCGCCUAAUCUCUUCUUGUAUCGAGAGAACAAUUGCAAAAGCCCAGAAGGUGGUGAAAAGCAAUUGGCAGAGGGAGUGGCUGGUUUGGUCAUGGCAAUGGUGCAUUAUCAAGAUCUUCUAUGGACAGUCCCGACCUUUCUUCUGUCCCAGGUCCGCAAAUUGAAUGAGAACAGCAGUAAGAGGUUCAAUGACCGUCGACUGCUCAACUUCCUGCGAAAAAUCCACACCGAUAAGGAAAAGCCAGAGAAAAUUCAGACAAAGCCAUGUAAGCAAGUGAAGAUCCAAGCUUCAGUACUUGUUAAAGACUCCCUGGCCAUUCGACUGGAUGAAGGCCUACGUGCAGCAGAUGUCUUGAAGAAGUUCCAGGAGCACUUAGCCCAGCGUAACUGGCAGAUGAUCAAAACUGUGAGCUUGAUCAAAUGCAACGGUCCCUUUGAGUUUCCAAAUGUGGAGCUCUAUGAAAUAGGAGGGAACAUCUGUGAACACUGCUUGGAUCCUGAUACCUACAUGCUGGAUUUGUACAAUGCUAACCCUAAUGGAGAAUGGGUGAUCAAACCCAGCCCUCCUUCUACACCUAUUUUAUAG